CGGAGGAUGUAAACAAAAAGUAAACACUCAUACACACGGAAGACGUUUCAUAACCUACUUCGGCGUAUAUCCGAUAUACCUUCGAACCUGUCUAACUGUACCUCACAAUUAAAAUUCUGCGAUUGGCAGUUUCAUUUCAGGACACAGUGACCAAAAUAUGAUGUAUGGCUCAGUUUGAAAGUUUCUUUGCCUGACAUCAAUAAUAAUUAGUUGAAGAAAAAAGCGGUCUUCAGGGUUUUUCUUUUACAAGUUCAUAUUCUGAGCUUACUUGCUUUGAGCUAGUCAGAUUAAUAACACAAAUAUGCGAUGGUUUCGCCAACUGAUGAUAUUACUAGUGGUUUUGGCGAUAUUAUUGAAUUUUUGUGAUGGAAGGAAGAGAAAAAAGAACAGUAAGCAGAUGAUUCUGCGACAGAAAGAAACGAAUCCUGUUAAUUUCAUAAGGUUAGCUGUUAUGAGGCUCAUUUACGGAAUAGCGACUAGAAUUGGGCUUGGCGACCAAAUUUCAGAGGCACUAAAUGGGGCUUUUGUACCACCAGGUGUGGACGAUUAUGACUAUGGUGAAGGAUUCGGACUGGAUGAUCAAGACGACUAUGAUUACUGAAGAAAAUCAGCCGAAAAACACAAACCUGAACUUAAUGUAUUUAUUGUUGUUUGUACAUAGUAUUUAUUUUUAUUUAUGAUAUUCAUUAAAAUUACAAAAAAAGAGAUUAUAACUAA